AUGGGGAGGCCGCCGGCACCUCUUCCUCUUCCUUGUAGUUGGAUCCUUGGCCUCUUUCUGUUCAUGUCUCUCGCCGAAGCCGACGCCGAAGGGUCUCCGGCACUGUCCCCCCUCUCCUCCCUUCGAAACCAGGCCUUUCCUCUGUCCUCCUCGUUCCUGGCGCCAGCACCUGCAGUGAUGCAGAUCCACCAUCACCAUUACCACAAAGAAUUGACCGUAGCAAUCGUGCUCGCCUCCGUCGCCGUUAUAGCAAUCAUAUCAUCCACUUUUUGUGCUUGGUUCUUUUGGCGGCGGAGCCGCCAAAUGCUCGACUCCAAAGACAUUGAGAGUUCAGACGCUGCUGGUGGACUCACAUUUGGCCCAGUCUUGAGCAAGUUGAACUCCUUCAAGAUGACGAGCAAGAAAACAUUACUGCCAACCAUCGACUAUGCAUCACUGGAGUCGGCAACCAACAAAUUCAGCGUGAGUAAUAUCUUGGGGGAAGGAGGAUUCAGCCAUGUGUAUAAAGCUACCUUCAACAGGGAGGUUUUUGCUGCAGUGAAGAAACUAGAUGGCUGCGGGCAGGAUUGCGAGAGAGAAUUCGCGAAUGAAAUUGAUUUGCUCGGAAGAGUUCGGCAUCCCAAUAUAGUUCCUCUUCUGGGUUACUGUGUUCAUGGAGAAACCCGGCUGCUCGUUUACGAGUUGAUGCAAAAUGGAUCUUUGGAAACACAGCUGCAUGGACCAUCCCAUGGAUCAGCUUUAACUUGGCAUCUUCGCAUGAAGAUUGCACUUGACAUUGCAAGAGGAUUGGAGUACCUUCAUGAACAUUGUAACCCACCGGUGAUUCAUAGGGAUUUGAAAUCAUCCAAUAUACUCCUAGAUUCGGACUUCAAUGCCAAGAUUUCGGACUUUGGCCUUGCAGUGCUUAGUAGAAACCAUAACAAAGGCACUUUAAAGCUUUCCGGCACUCUUGGAUAUGUAGCUCCAGAGUACCUUUUAGAUGGUAAGCUCACUGAGAAAAGUGAUGUCUAUGCAUUUGGAGUUGUGCUGUUGGAGCUUCUGAUGGGAAGAAAACCAGUUGAAAAGCUGGAAUCAUCUCAGUGCCAGUCAAUUGUGACUUGGGCCAUGCCCCAGCUCACUGACAGAUCGAAAGUUCCAAAUAUAGUAGAUCCAGUUAUCAGGGAUACAAUGGAUCUGAAACACUUAUACCAGGUUGCUGCCGUUGCUGUACUCUGUGUCCAGCAGGAACCUAGUUACAGGCCAUUGAUCACCGAUGUGCUUCAUUCCCUCAUUCCUUUGGUGCCAGUAGAGCUCGGAGGAAUGCUAAGAGUUAUACAGCCAAUACUGACUACAAAUCAAGAAUAAUCUGAUUAUGGAUCAACACGGUGGUACGGCAAUCACCUGGACGUAGCAAGCCUGCUACCACAGCAAUUUCUACUAUGGGUUUCUUUCCCUAUUCUCCCAGUUCAAGUGUCUUCGAUUACCUGCAAAAAGCUUUUCAGUUUUUUACUUCUUCCAGUGGUAAAGUUCAGAGGGAACAGCUUGAGAGGAAAAGUCUUUUUUUCCUUGAGAUGUGUUGUAAAAACCAAUGUAGAUUUAAAUUUUUGCACUCAGGAACAAACUGGUGCCUGCCAGAUCUAAUUAAUUUGAAUAUGAAUUUCACAGAACAAAAUUCAAGAAAGGUCAAACUAUCACACUCGACAUUCUUGAU